AUGGGGCUAUUAAAUUUUCCUGUUGAAAUAUUAGAACAAAUAGCAAUCUUCAUCGAGUCACCCUUAGACCUUACAAGACUUGCUCUUGUGAACAAGCUAUUCUCGAAUAUUGUCCGCCCGCAUUUCUCUCAAUUUCUGACAUUGGGAAUCCCUUCUGCUGGUGGUGGCUGGAGGAUUCAAAGCCAACUCGAUAAGAUUACGGAGCGACAGUUACGAAAUGUGCGGCAUAUUGAAGUUAUGCACUCUUCCAAAGUCAAGAAAUGGGGCUCAGGCGAUGUUCGCGUGAGCUUUCCUGAUGGCAAGGAAUAUGAAGAAGUAAAGAAAAUCAACAGCCAACAAGAAGUAGAACGGAUAUACGGACCUUUUGAAGAUUCUGAGAUAGCACCUACAAUUUUCAAUGAGAGGGUUGCUGAGAUUAUCAACAAUCUCAAGUCAGGGCAGUUACAAUCUUUUAGAUUCAAUAGACAUAGCUAUAGUCGGGUUUUCUACCGCGUCGAAGUCGACAAACAAAUACUAUCGGCUUUAGCUAGCCCUCAGACGAGACUUACGAGGUUAACAUUAGCUUUCGACCCCUGCCUUGGAUAUGAUGACUGUAGCAUCUUCAACUUUCCACACCUUCGCUACUUCAACUACAACUGCUAUGAUGUUUCUGGACGGUACCAUCGGGUAUUUAGUCUGCUUUCCAGUUGCCAGAAUACCUUGGAGGAGUUGCACACUGCGAACUGGAAACCUCAGAAUAGAGGCUUGGAGAUGGACGACCGACAAUCAAAGAUUGCCAUCGGGUUCGAAGCCUGGGAAGAGUGUUCCAAAUGCGCAAAGAUCUGCAAGAGGGACAAGCAGGCUGAUGGAAAGAGGAUACAUUUAAAGAAUUUAAAGACCUGGAAGUGUAGUGGGUAUUCAUCAUAUACCUACGAUUUGGUCAAAAUCUUCAGGCAAAAGAAGAUUUUAGAGAAGGUUGCUCUGAGAAAGUACAGUGAGAGAACUUCUAUUGGCUUUUCAAAUUAUAGUUCAAAAUCGGGUGUGGACUGGGAGAAAUACUUCUCUUACCCGGAAUUUAACGGUAGUCCCGCAUCGAACGAAGAACUGAACCACUUUUUGGAGGCCACAGCCGGAUUUCAAAAAGUAACAGUUUCAGGAGUUCCCGGCAUGAAGUCCCCUUGGGGUUGGGUUGAAGGAUUAAAAAAGUGUCACCGAGAAUCACUGCGGAAACUUAAGGUAGUGAGCUGGGCAUUACAUACAGAUGAGGAGGAUGUCGAAUAUAUUGGGAACUCGCUACCCAGCCUAGAAGAAUUGACCGUUGAGAUGAAGGAGUCCAUUUGGACAGAGUUUAUGCCAGAUUGCAUUUUCGACGAGUCGAUUUUCCCCAAGCUGGAGGUUUUCAAGAGCAUUGGUGUGCCAUCCAGAAAAGACAAUACAUUUAGAGAAAAGCUUUGUCAGAAGGUAUUGAGUAGCGUUCUUGAAGGGAAAUUGUCGCCAAAUCUUAAGAAAAUAUAUGUUGGCAAGGCCAACUAUGUCUUCAUCAUUGACAGAGAAAAAAGAGACCAUGAAAUUGCUAAAGUCAUAGAAAAAACUGAAAUAGAGGACAUGGUUUUUGAAGAGCGAAUGAAGAUUGACGAAGCAUUGGAAAUUUAUGGAAUAAAGGUUACAGAGAUCAAAUACCAGAACCGUCGAACAGUCUGGCAAGGUAGAAAAGAAGUGUAUGAAUAA